AUGGCGGAUCCUGACCGUGACGUGACACCCAUUGCAGAGUUGGACAAUGUAAGAGCCACGAAAUCGUCAGACUUCAAGGUGUUACACAACAUGGAAGUUUGCCUGGGAUACAAGAAUUCCUUUGCCAAUCCCAAGGAACUCCUUGCAAAACUUCAGUCGCUCAAGGCCGACGUCGACCUGAAACGAAACGAAGGCGGCGAGAAUGAAGACUUUGCUUUUGAUGAUGUUGAUACAGCCAUGCUCAACUGCAACAUUGCUGUCCUUGCGCUUCAACUAAGAAAAUACGCCACUGCAACGGAAGCUCUGGACAGGCUCUUCAGGAACAUUGAACCUCUGGAUGAACUCCUUGCCGCGAGAAUCUGUAUGAUGCUUCUUGAUUCUCUGUCUGUACAGAGACUGCCCGAGAAGGCUGCUCAGGUCUUGAACUUUCUGGAAAAGACCAUCCUAGCUCUGUUUGCUUCAAAAGCAAGUGUCGACCCCUCAAACAGUUCCCAAGAUUCGAACACCGCAAGCUCCAAAACAGAUGGCCUUGGAGAAUUUCAGAAGUAUGGUUUUGUCUCUCUUCCUCAGCUUAAGAUCUUGCUGUCUAUCUACAAAGCAAAACAUUACCUCUUCCAUGGCAACGCGAAAGCAGCCAAGAGGGAGAUCAAGGCUGCCAUUGCGGGGAGCCAGCCUGCUGAGUUGGCAUCGCCUCUGAUGUUAAAAGCUCAUUUGGAGUAUUUGAGGGGAAACUUCAGAAAGGCACAGAAGCUCUUGUGCUCAAGCUCUCUGAGCGAUCAGCCUUUCCGAGCUUUUCAACUAAACAACAUGGGCUGUCUACAUUAUCGCUCCAGAAAGUAUGGUAUUGCAGCAAUGUACUUCCGUAGAUCGAUACAGGAGCUGUCCAAAGGCAAUGAACAGACUGAGAGGUCCAAGAUGGAGGCAAUCUGCUGUGUCAAACGUGAGGAAGUUCUGUAUAACCUAGGCCUUCAAAAUCUUCUUUUGGGAAGACCGGAAGCCGCAUUCUCUUGUUUGAGAGAAGCUUCCCGUUUGCUGUACAAUCGUCCAAGACUAUGGAUCCGUCUGUCAGAGUGCUGCAUCGCCCGCCAUCAUAUCUGCACCCGCCAGAGUGACUCCCGGCAGUCCUCCGACUUGAUCAAAAGUGUGAGCGGGAAAGGCUCAAGGAGGAGGGUCCUUGUCCCUAUCGGGCUAGCUUCCCUCCGCAGUAGGUGCCUACAGUGUGGACCACCGGACGGUUCCGCGAAAGACGAAAACGGAGAGCAAGGACCAGGAAAUGGAAACGACACGGCUCAACCGUCGAACGAGCAUUCCACUGCAACGGGCAUUGAAGGCCAGAUGACCAUGUCGUACGCUCUCCAGUGCCUGCAGAAUGCCUUCUUCUUGAUAUCGCGAGAAGCGCCCGCGAUGUUUGGGAGCUCAUGGGGAUCUGCGGGAUCUCAGCAGGCUGGAAACCCCAGCGCCUCCAACGACGAUGUCGAUGGCGACCAUUCGAACGGGAACGGGUCGAGCUCGGCGGGGAAAGACACGGACGAGCAGCAGGCUGGUGUAACGAAUCGGGAACACUCGGUCAACGAGAGGUGGACCCUGAGACAGGCUAUCCUGUGUAAGAUGGCGUAUGUUCACCUGUGCCUCGACAAUCCUCUCAUGUCAUUGAAAGCGGUCAACGAGCUGCUGGCAAAUGAGAGCCAGUGCCGACCAGAGUACUCCUACUCGGCUCGCAUGUACGGCACAGAAGCUCUCUGCUUACUGGAGAAGUCGGAAGAAGCCGUUAAUAUGCUCGAGCCGCUCAUCCAGAAGGACUUGUUCGCAGCCGACGUGAUCAGUGGAUGCGGUCACGGACAGUCGCCGGCGCGGCGAUGCGGCUUGUCACACAUGAGCGAAGCUUCAGGCAUGGUGGAAACGGCGGCUGCUCGCAGUGCUCUGCAUAUCAACCUAGCGGCCAUCUGCGUGAUGCAGGAGAAGCUCAAUGAGGCCCAUCAGCACGUGCGGAUUGCGCUCAACGAGUCUCCUACAUGUCCUGCAGGCCUCAUGAUAGCAGUGUACCUGGAGAUCCGGAAAGGCAACACGGCAGCCGCCUUGAACAUUCUCAAGCACCAACGACUCAUGGCCUCUUGACAACUUUAGAUCUUUGGUUCUUGACUCCUCUUGGUCUCCUCCUGUCUCAUUAUCCCCUUCCCCUGAGUCUCCGAGUGUCGGUACGGUACGGUGUGACCGGGUAUGGUGUGGCGUGACUCGGACCGUACGGUACUGUACGCCGGCCGGAGCCCGGCCCGGGCCCUUCUCUGGAGCGAACUGAGUUGGAAGAGGCUUGCAGACCUGACUAGUCAGUGAGUGGGGCUGCUGGGUUGAGCUAAUGAAUCGCAAGGUCUAACUUCGG